UGAAGAGGCAUUUCCAAAGGCGCGUACAUGUGUUACUGCGUCCUGCAGUCAUCGGGAGGAAAAGCGGCUACACAAGCGGCUAAGACUCCGCUGUGUCGGCAAUUGAGACUCAGAAAUCGGGGAAGCAAACGCCGACGGAGGCCUCAUUUUGGCGGGGCAGUCUUCACACCCCGCCACGAAGCCUCCUUGAGCUCCUGAGUUUGGCGGCUUGUCUUGCCGAUCGGGUCUAGAAGAUUCUGAUAUAUCACACCCUUUCCUUUCUACUCAUAUUAUUGUAUUGAGGGCAGCAUCAGUUUGCAAUACAGCACAACCCCAAUCAUGGGCUCGAUCCAGCAACUCUUCUCUCUCGAGGGCCAAACCGCCCUCGUCACAGGCGGAACUCGAGGAAUCGGGCAAGCAAUGGCCCUAGCCUUAGCUGAAGCUGGCGCCGACAUUAUCCUCAUCCAGCGCGACACAUCCAACACUGAAACCCAGCACCAAAUCUUAGCCCUCGGUCGCAAAUGCACUAUCCACGUCGCCGAGCUCUCCGACCGCGCUGCCGUCUCCAGCAUCGUCCCAACUCUCCUCUCUCAAAGCCCAGAACUACAGAUCCGCAUCCUCCUCACUUGCGCAGGUAUCCAGCGCCGCCACCCAGCACACGAGUUCCCGAUUGAGGACUGGGACGAGGUCUUGCAAGUCAAUCUCUCAAGUAACUUCGUUCUCUGCCGCGACGUAGGCGCACACAUGCGUACCCUACCUCCGCUUCCUAACACCACGAACCAGCGCGGUUCCAUCAUCAACGUCGCCUCUCUGCUCUCCUUCCAGGGCGGCAUCAACGUCCCGGCCUACGCUGCGUCGAAGGGUGGCAUUGCGCAGCUUACGAAGGCGCUGUCGAACCAGUGGGCCGGAGAAGGGGUCAAUGUGAAUGCGAUCGCGCCAGGUUACAUUGCGACGGAGAUGAAUACAGCAUUAAUCAACGACGAGAAAAGGGCAGCGUCGAUUCUAGAGCGGAUUCCGGCCGGGCGGUGGGGACGGCCGGAGGACUUCAAGGGAGCGGUGGUGUUUCUUGCAGGGAGAGCGAGUGCGUAUGUGACAGGAGAGAUUCUCACUGUUGACGGGGGAUGGAUGGCGAGAUAGGUCGGAACAGCCCGAGGCGGCCGUGAUGCUCUGUUUUGCCAGACUUGCUC